AUGGAAGCAAAACAAGCCAAGUCAAGGCAUCACGUCACAAGACGCAAAGCGAGGCAAGCCGGGCAUCAAGUCACGAAGAAAGCAAGACGAGGCAAGCCGAGGCAUCAAGUCACAAAGGACGCAAGACGAGGCAAACUGAAGCACAAAGUCGAGGCAAGCCGAGGCAUCAACUCACAAAGGAAGCAAGACGAGGCAAGCCGAGGCAUCAAGUCCAAACGCAAGACGGGCAAAAAAAUCAUGAAGGACGCAACACGUGGCAAGCCGAGGCACCAAGUCACAAAGAAAGCCGAGGCAAGCCGAGGCAGGCAAGCCGAGGCAAGCCGAGGCAAGCCGAGGCAAGCCGAGGCAAGCCGAGGCAUCAAGUUUCGAAGGAAGCAAGCAAGGCGAGCCGAUGCAUCAAGUCAUGAAGAACGCAACAACAGAGCAUAG